UUUUAAGAGACGGAACACUUGUGCUAGCAUUACAUCCUGGUUUUCCCGCAUGGUUUGAAGGGGGAAGGAUAUGCAGAAGGAGUCAGAUAUCUUCCGAAACUUGAACAGAGCUUUGCUGCAUCGCAGCGCACACACUAACACUGAGCCCUCGCAUAGCUGCGCUCAUAUACACACUUUCCGCGGCUCAUCGACUGUUACAGCUUUAUUACUGGAUGCACGGACACUGUGGAAAUCGGGCACGGUUUCAGCUCCGUGAACUGUAUGAUAAAGCCACGAAACAGAACUUUAGACACGCCAAGCCACCGCACUGAGCACGACUGAGCGCGUGUGUGGUGCACCAGCUCUCCUCAGGACUAUUAUCAGACUGAGUUUGCUUUAGCGACACGUUGGACUUGAGAGUGCACAGAGGCUCUCUCUCACACACACACACACACACACACACACAGACAGACUGGUGUAGCGAUGGUCCAGAAAACAAGCAGCACGGAGAAUCCCGAUGCGCUGUUUGCUGGGGACUCGUCCGAUUCCGGCGCGCUGGAUCUGGACAUGGCUUCUUCCCCGACCCCCGGCUCCACGGAGUCCGGCGCGGACAAGCUUGACCCCGGCUGGUGCAAAACCCCCAGCGGUCACAUUAAGAGACCAAUGAACGCGUUCAUGGUGUGGUCGCAAAUCGAGAGGCGCAAGAUCAUGGAGCAGUCGCCGGACAUGCACAACGCGGAGAUCUCCAAGAGACUCGGCAAGCGCUGGAAGCUCCUGAAAGACAGCGACAAGAUCCCCUUCAUCCGAGAGGCGGAGCGGCUGCGGCUCAAGCACAUGGCAGACUACCCCGACUACAAGUACCGGCCGAGAAAAAAGGUGAAGUCGAGCGGCUCCAAACCGAGCGAGAAGGGAGAGAAGCUCAGCUGCGCCAGCGCCGGCUCCAGACCGGCCUCAAAGAAGAGCGGGAGCCCCAGAUCCACGAGCAAGCCGCACAAAAUAGUUCUGGGCAGCGCGAAGGCAGCGUUCCCCGCGGAUCACCACUCUCUUUACAAAUCCAAGUCAGCGUCGGCUUCCAAGCAGAUUCCUGACAAGAAGGCGAAGCGGGUGUACAUUUUCGGAGGCAGCAGCGGCAUAAGCCCGUCUUCAGCAGCCGUGCCCGCCAGCCCGACCCUGAGCAGCUCCGCCGAGUCCAGCGACCCGCUGAGUCUGUACGAGGACGGAGCCAGCAGCGGCAAGGAGGGCGCCGACUCCCCCAGCAGCUCGUCCUCGGACCGCCACAGGUACACCACCAUGCGGGCGUCCUCGCCCGCUCCGUCCGCGUCACACUCGUCCUCUUCCUCAUCGCAGUUCUCCUCUUCCUCCGACGAGGAGCUCGACGACGACAUGCUGGACGUUAACCCGAGCCCAGGCUUUGACAGCAUGUCUCUGGGAAGCAUCGGCUCGUCGGUGCUGGACAGAGACUUCGACAUGCACUUCGAGUCCGGGGCUUCUCAUUUCGAGUUCCCCGACUACUGCACGCCGGAGGUGAGCGAGAUGAUUUCAGGGGACUGGCUGGAGUCCACCAUUUCUAACUUGGUGUUCACGGCUCACGUGCUGAACUAGGGAAGGUUGAGGAAAUACGCCUGAGGAAGAACACUGAGCAGAAGGGAUAACAGACAAGUGUUUGUUUGUAAAAUAAGCCACAGUGUGAAGGCUCCCGCCCGGCAAAGCGCUGAAAAACAAAAGCUACGAUGCUUCGGUGAAACGCUGACAGGAUGGAAAAGUGAAGGCGCCCGUGAAACAUUAGUCGCGGCAGGGCCGGAGUCAUUUCCCCGCGCUCGGCGCGAGACUAGAGGAAGAAAUCCAGGAGUGCUUGAGAAAACACGGUCUGAACUGGAAAACUGUGAUUGAUUUGCACGAACACGAAGGCGGGCUUUCGCCGUCUGUUUAAUCAUUUUUACUUCAAAAGAGACGUUUAUGAACUUUAACCAUUCGCCUUGUGGACUUGAUUGUUUAAAGAGGUACUGAAAUUUAGGAUGAUUUUCAUCACGGCGGAUUUAUUAAUAAGGUGGGUUGACAAAAGGCAAGCCGUUUUUUACAUAAAGAAAAAGGAAAAAAAAG